AAGAAAACGCGAAAGUGAAUUGCGACAAAGACGGACAAUAAGGUAGCUGGUCUAUCUGGGCGAAAUUAAUACUAUCACCUUUUGCGAGUUGAAAAUUACGCUUUGUUGGUAUACCACAUCACGUCGCGAGGAUGUUCUACGACUUGAAUGUACCAUGGCCGGUCAAUGACCCGAAGCUCAUCCCUAUCCUGGAUCACCUUGGCUACAACGUCAUCGCGCUCAACUAUACACACAACGGCAAAAUCCCAGGUGCCUUCCCCAAAGUCAUCCCCGACACCCCUUUCCCCCAAACACCAAAGCUCCGCACCAUCAAGCGACUAACACUCAUCCUCUCCGAUGGCGCACCACCACAGACAUCACAGCUUCAGGCAGCAUCACAGCAAUACGAUCUUCUCGCGGUACGACCAACAUCCGAGAAGACCUUCCAGCAAGCCUGUACGAACCUGGAAGGAGUGGAUAUGAUCUCCCUAGAUAUGUCUGAAAGACUACCAUACGUCUUAAAGAUGUCUACAUGUGGUGCAGCCGUCAGCCGUGGUUUGAAGUUCGAGAUUUGCUAUUCACAAUCGAUCCAUGACCUUGCUGCACGGAGACAGUUGAUCUCCAACGCGGCGGCUCUGACGCGAGCUACACGAUCUCGAGGUAUCAUCAUCUCGUCCUCUGCGGCAAGAGCCUUGGAGUUGCGCGGUCCAUAUGAUGUGAUCAACUUGGCGACAAUGUGGGGAUUGAGUCAGGAAAUCGGUCGGGAUGCUGUAGGAGAAGGUGCGCGAGCAGUAUGCAUGCAUGCUGAGACGAGAGGCCGGACACACAAAGCAGUGUUGCGAGUGGUUGAUGGCGGUGCCGUUGCGGCGACAGAGAAGAGGAAGGCGGAGGAUGUUAAGGUAGCUGCUACCGGUGGUGAUGGUCCUGCGAAGAACAAGAAGGCGAAGAAGGGCAACAAGGCGGCUAAUUGAAACGGCGUGAGUGGACCGCUUUAAACAGACAUAAAGCAGUAACGAGGGAAUGCAUAUUGGAAUUUACCCUUAUUUACGUUGACAUCACACGAAUCCGGACGCCU